AUGUUCUCUAAACAACUCACAGCCUUGACACUUAUCUCAGCCGUGAGAGCUCACGGCACGGUUUCUGGAAUCGUCGCCAACGGAAUCUAUUACAACGGAUACAAUCCAAGCUAUCAAUAUAUCAGCCCUGCCCCAGUAACCGUUGGCUGGCCGAUCCCUAAAGAUCUUGACAACGGAUUCAUCUCUCCCGCUGCCUACACUUCCCCCGACAUUAUCUGUCACGUAGGGGCAACACCAGCACAGAUCGAAGCUCCUGUUACCGCAGGAGGAAAGGUUGAACUGCAAUGGACACCAUGGCCCGUAUCUCACAAAGGACCAGUGAUUGACUACCUAGCCAAUUGCAACGGUCCAUGCGAAACUGUCGAUAAAACAACAUUGAAAUGGUUCAAGAUUGAUGAAGUCGGAUUGAUCAGCCCAACGGCAGACACAAGCGGACUCUGGGGUACCGAUGUAUUGAUUGCCAACAACAAUAGCUGGACUGUUACAAUACCUUCAAACAUUGCAACUGGCAACUAUGUCCUUCGCCACGAGAUUAUCGCUCUCCAUUCUGCUGCUUCGGCCAACGGUGCUCAGAACUACCCGCAAUGUGUUAGUCUUGCGAUCAAGGGUACAGGAACAACCAAACCAGCUGGUGUGUCCGCGACAACUUUUUAUACUCCCACCGAUCCGGGCAUUCUGUUCAGUAUUUAUGGAACUCUUUCGAAUUAUACUAUUCCUGGUCCUCCUCUUUAUAGUGGCGCAGCCACAGAGACUCAAACGCUACCUGGCCCACCAACCGCUAGCGCAAGUGGUGUUUACACCGUUUCAUGA